AAUAAGAAAAAAAAAGGAGAGAGAAACACUGGCGACUCCACUUCCCCCGGCGGAGGACAACACUGGGGAUCAUGUUCCCCCGGCGGGUUGCUGCCUCCGAGGGUUGGUAUUGGCUGGCGGCGCCGGGAGGCCCCACCUACCGCCUGCCGUGACUCCGCCCAGCUCCUCCCCAUCCGGCGUCCGUGGCCGUCCAUCGCCGACAAAGCCUCGCAGCAGUUUUCUCGCUAGUUUGUUGAGGACUGGCUUAGGUGGACAAGCAAAUAUAAGAGAGCUUUAGUGUUCUUGUUUUUUUUUUUUGUUUUGCUUUUUUACCGAGUGAAUGGCAUCCGUGCCUUACAAAGAGAGUUGCAAUAUCAGUGAGCGGGACAUGAAGCAGCAGGAUGGAUGUGGCAGCGGCCGAGUGACCAGCUUCUCCGUCAGGGACCUCCUUCAGCUGCCUGACAAGCCGGCCAAAGUGGGGUUGCAGACGCUGGUAGUGGAGGGCGGGGACUCCACCACCACAACCAACAAUUCUCUGCCGCAUCUGGACGAUCGCAACCCCGUCCAGGCGGCGGCAGACUCCACAGAGAACACCAGCGUGGCUGAAGAUGAGUUCCAGGUGGAUGAGGACAUGGAGGCCGUGGAUGUCGAGGAUGAACCUGAAGAUGGACGGGAACCCAACGGCCGCAAGAGGAAGAGGAGAAUUCUCUUCACCAAGUCUCAGACCUACGAACUGGAGAGGAGGUUCCGCCAGCAGCGGUACCUGUCGGCGCCGGAGAGGGAGCACCUGGCCUCUCUCAUUAACCUGACGCCCACUCAGGUCAAGAUCUGGUUCCAGAAUCACCGCUACAAGACCAAGAAGUUGUAUCGCGAGAAGGGUCUCCCACCAUCGCUAGACAACCCGUACGUCUCCUCGGCCGGGUCUCUGGGAUCACUUCCGAGCGCCCUGCGGCGCCUGACGGUACCGCUGCUGGUGCGGGAGAGGCUUUCGUCAGUGCAGGGAGUGGGGGGGCGUGCUGAGGGCGUGCCCCACGACACCAGCUCCUUCCUAGACCCCCGGAUACACCCGCCUCUGCACCUCUCUCCUCCCGUGGCAUUCCCGGGGCUCUUCUCUGGGCUCUUCGGCACUUCAGGAGGUCUACGACUGGGGUCGAUGCCCCCAGCUUUAGGGCAGACCUCGCUGCCCCCAGCACUGGCGGCCUCACUCACCUCCUCCCUCCUCCUGCCCUCACAUCCUCUCUUCUCUACGGCCUCCACCCUCUCCAACCCUCUACCUCUCUUCUCCACUCCGCCUGUGACCACCCCGGCCGCCCGCGCCCCCAUCAGGGUCCUCGAGGGCGGCAGUCGGUCAUCGUCAUCGUCCCCGGUGGCGUCCCUGUCGUCACCGCGACCUGCAUCACCGGUCACCACCACCAGCAGCAGCAGCACCGCCAUUGACACCACCGUGGGUUCCUCCCCCGUGGGCGGCGCUCACGCCCCCGCGCGCUGGUGACGCCCACACACGCCCGGCUAGUCCAACAUGUGUUGUGAAUCUUUUGAACUGUGAACACGGCCGCUGACUGUGCAAUGUUCAACUCUCUGAGAAGCGACUCAUUUUACAGUGUGCCUUAAGUGUGUAGCUAGAGUGUGUGUGUGUGUGUGUGUGUGUGUGUGUGUGUGUGUGUGUGUGUGUUUGUGUGUGUACACAGUAUGUGGUGUGUAUGUGUGUCUGUGUAUAGGUAGUACAUGUGUGUUUAGCAAUAAGUAUAUAUGUAUGUGUGGAUGUAGGCAGUAUGUGUAUGAAUGUGUGUACCCAAUGUGUGUAUGUGUGUUUUUAACAGGAGUGAGUGUGUAGCACUGUGUAUGUGUGUGUGUGCAAGUGUGUGUAUCCAAUAUGUGUGUGUGUGUGUGUGUUUAACCGGUUUAUGUGUGUGUGUAUGUGUUAGUGUAGCCAGGGUGUGUGUGUGUAUGUUUACGUUGUGUGUGUGUGUGUGUGUGUGUGUGUGUGUGUGUGUGUGUGUGUGUGUUGAGGGAUGAUCGUGUAGUCAGUAAUAAGUGUAUUUCAGUGACUUGGUCAUUCUCUACAUUUCGUAAAUACGAAGACAGUGUUGAAGUCCAGGCAGUGACCAGAAACUGAGGGCCCCGUGCAGAACUCUGAGGGGCCCCCUACAGAACUCUUAAGGGGUCUCCUGCAGUGUAUGGAGGGAGGUGCUGACCUCUUCAAACACGUGUGGAUUGUCAAAGAGACUAUGCAACCCGUUUAAGCCAGUGGACACUUACGAACUACGGACACUUACGAACUACGGACACUCUUUUAACCUUCUCUCACCCCUGACUGUCUCUCAGGGUCACAGUGGACUGAUACAAGCCCUUAGCAUUCAUAAUAGAAGUUCAGUACACGUAAGUUAAGGGAAGACUGAAGGGCCAAAUAAAGCCUCAGGGCUGCAAGGCCCGCCAUAUUUAGCAGUCUUUGCAGGGGCACAGCACCCACAUCAGGGCUCUGCAAGGUACCCCCCCAGGGGAAAUGGCCCUUGAUUUACCCUUGGAGCGAAAUUACCGUCAGGGGGAUGAACCCCUGCACGUGAGUGCUGCUAAUUAGCGGCACUCCCCGUGCUGCCUCACCCGCACAGUGCCACUCUGACGCUCCAGUGAACUAAAGUCAAAAGCCAUUUCUUGUGUGGGAAAAAAGUGUCACUGCUAAGAACCAGUGUCACUGCUAAAAACCAGUGUCCACUGCUAAAAACCAGUGCCACUGCUAAAAAUCAGUGCCACUGCUAAAAAUCAGUGCCACUGCUAAGAACCAGUGUUACUGCUAAAAACCAGUGCCACUGCUAAAAAUCAGUGCCACUGCUAAGAACCAGUGUUGCUGCUAAAAAAAACAGUGCCAGUGCUAAGAGACCAGUGCCACUAAGAAACAGUGCUAUUGCUAAGAAGUAAUAUGACUGCUAUAAACCAGUGCCGCCGGGAAGAACCACAGAGUGCCACAUAAGUGAGUGAUGCCGCGAGUUGAACAGUUCUCACAGACUGAGCGACUGGAGAGAAGUGUACAUAUACAUACAUAUUUAUACAUAUACAUACAUAUACAUACAUGGAUAUAAAUAUUUAUGGUUGUGUUGUGGUUGGAGAGGCAAGAUGGCGGCGCCUGACACUAGUGUAUA